AUGGUGCUGUUGAGCGCGUCAGUCUGUGGUCUUAGAAGAUUAUUAAAAAUAUGUGAGGGGUACGCGGUGAGUCACGGCUUGAGGUACAAUGUGACGAAGAGCCAAUACAUGGUCUUUGAGGCCCGCAAUAGCAAGCUAUCGAACGUACCACCUGUUAGCCUUAACGGAGCACUCUUAGACAGAGUACAGAGUUUUAAGUACUUAGGGCAUAUUGUUACUGCGGACCUCAAGGAUGAUGCCGACAUGGAGCGGGAGCGGAGGGCGUUGUGCGUGAGAGCGAAUAUGUUGGCUCGCAGGUUUGCUCGUUGUAGUAGGGACGUGAAGAUAACGCUUUUCAAGGCGUACUGCACGUCGCUGUACACGUGCGGACUGUGGGCAAACUACACGCAGAGAUCGUACAACGCGCUCCGCGUUCAGUACAAUAACGCGUUCAGGGCAGUGGUGGGGCUGCCCCGCUACUGCAGUGCCUCGGGCAUGUUUGCGGGGGCCCGCACGGCCUGUUUUCACGCCUCCAUGCGCAUGCGCGCCGCCGCGCUGGUGCGGCGCGUGCGUGCCAGCUCUAACACUGUCCUGGCGAUGAUUGCAGACCGGCUCGACUGUCCCUACAUCACCCACUGUUGUGAUAGGCAUGUGAGGACAGGCGUCGGCUAG